AUGGUGCUUCAUCAGUAUGAUUACAUCUUUGCCAUAGGCACCAUCUUUUCGUUCCUCGAUGCCUGGAACAUCGGUGCCAACGAUGUCGCCAACUCAUGGGCCACGUCGGUCUCGUCCCGAUCCAUCAGCUACAUCCAAGCCAUGACCCUCGGUUCCAUCCUCGAAUUUGCCGGCUCCGUCGGUGUCGGCGCCCGUGUCGCAGACACUAUCCGCACUAAGGUCGUCGACAUUGACCAGUUCGAGUCCGACCCUGCUCUCCUCAUGCUCGGCAUGAUGUGCGCCAUCGUCUCCUCCUCGCUGUACCUCACCUUCUGUACCAAGAUUGGUCUUCCCGUCUCCACGACUCACUCCAUCAUGGGUGGUGUUAUCGGCAUGGGUAUUGCGCUAGUCGGUGUUGAUGGUAUUCACUGGGCUGAGUUCGACAAGGGUAUUAGCUCUGGUGUCGUUUCGGUCUUUCUCGCCUGGAUCAUUGCUCCUGGUCUGUCGGGUGCUUUUGCUGCUGUCAUUUUCCUUAUCACCAAGUAUGGUGUUAUGUUGCGAAGCAAGCCCGUCUGGAAGGGUCUUUUCCUUACUCCUGUUUACUUCGGCAUCACUGCUUCUCUCCUCACUAUGCUUAUCGUCUGGAAGGGCGGUAGCAUUAAGGUUGACUUUAACGACGCUGAGACCGCUGGUAUGAUCAUCGGUGUCGGUGCCGCUUGGGCUCUUCUCAUCACCAUCUUCCUCGUCCCCUGGCUCUACCGCCUCGUCAUCUGCGAUGACUGGGAGCUUCGCUGGUGGAACAUCUUCCAGGGUCCUCUCCUCCUUCGUCGCCCUCCUCCUCCCGCUCAGCCCGAAGGCGCUGCUGGUGGUAUUCAGGAUUUCUACGAGGGUCAUCUGACCCGUGAAGAGCUCGAUGGUCUUCGCCGUGCUGGUCGCACUGGAAGUGAUGAGUUCGAGCGCGCUCAAGAUCAGACCAGCAAUGAGGGCAAGGAGGCUACCACUGAGAACAAGAAGACCUCCGAGGGUACUCCCGACAUUGAGGAGCGCGUUGAGCCCAAGGCUCCUCGCAGCCUUGUCGGGCCCAAGCCUGAUGGAAAGUGGUUCAGCGGUGCUGUUCUCUUCUGGUAUCUCAAGAAGGCUUUCCUUUCUGGUGUUGACCAGGAUAUCAUCGCCAUGCAGAAGAAGAAGAGCAUGCUUACUGGUGACUUGGACGAGAUUCACGCUCACGUUGCUCACUACGACAACCGCGCUGAGUACCUCUACACCUUUAUGCAAGUCAUGACUGCCUGUACCGCUUCUUUCACUCAUGGUGCCAACGAUGUCGCCAACGCCAUUGGUCCUUAUGCCACUAUCUACCAGAUCUGGCGAACUGGUGGUCUUGAGGGUAGCAAGUCUUCUGUUCCUGUCUGGAUUCUCUGCUUCGGUGGUGCCGGUAUUGCUCUUGGUAUCUGGACUUAUGGAUACAAUAUCAUGCGCAACCUUGGUAACCGUCUCACUCUCCACUCUCCUUCUCGAGGUUUCUCCAUGGAGUUGGGUGCAGCCAUCACCAUCAUCCUCGCCACCCGUCUUAAGCUCCCCGUCUCUACAACUCAGUGCAUCACUGGUGCCACCGUUGGUGUUGGUCUCUGCUCUGGUACUUGGCGCUCUAUCAACUGGCGCAUGGUUGCCUGGAUCUACAUGGGCUGGAUCAUCACUCUCCCCGUUGCUGGUGUCAUCUCCGGCGUAAUCUGUGGUAUCAUCAUCAACGCCCCUCGCUGGGGUUACUCUGGUUAG